UCAAACCAACAUGUAUUAACUCAUUUUAGAUAGCUAGGUUGUACUGACUGAAAUGUUUCUGUAUCGGUGUUGUAACGCACGAGUGUCACUAGCAGUCAACAAGCUAGUUGACGUUAGCCAAGUAGCCAACUUCAUGGGGUUAGCUAUAACGUUAUGUUAUGUAUGACGUUGGUUGACAAGGUACCUGAAACUGGUUCAGGAAAUGAUCGUUUUACUUAACCUGAACUCAUUGCAAACAUGGAUAAGAAAGCAACCUGGGACCGUUUCUAUGCUGAGAGCAGCAGUGGGACAACCGCCUUCAAAAACUUUGAGUGGUUCUUCGGCUUCGAUGCUGUCCGAGACUUCAUUAUGCCCCUCCUGCAGACCAAGUCUCACCCAGAUGCUCUGCUGGAAGUCAUGGAUAUGGGCUGUGGCAUUUCUGCUUUAGGGCCCUGUAUUUACAGACACUCUCCUCUCCCGGUCCGAGUCACUUGUGCAGACAUUUCUCCCAUAGCUGUGCGACUAAUGCAGGAACACGUCCAAGCCAAAGCCAUUCAACCUCACAAUCUUUCCUCUCAGCUUGAGUUUGUAGAGCUGGACUGCACACAGCUUCACAAGCACUAUGGCUGUAGCAGUGUGGACCUUAUAGUUGAUAAGGGAACCACAGACGCCUUGUUGAGGUCUAAGGAAGGGAAGGGGAAGGCAAGUCUCAUGCUGAAGCAUUGUUUGAAGGUGUUACGGAGCUCAGGAUCUCUGCUCCAGUUCUCCGAUGAGGACCCUGAUGCCAGGCUGCUGUGGCUGGAGACUGAGGCACAGGAGCUGGGGGUGAAGGCAGCAGAUGUUGGGGUGCAGGAGGUUGGAGAGCUAAGGGGAAUGACUUACUACUGCUACCAAGUUACUCCUCGCCCUAUUGUAUAGCAACUUUCUGGAUGGUCAUACUAUUUAGAGUAAAUUAUUUAACAUGAUUGUAAAAAAAGUGUCUAAAACAAGAGAAAUGUGUGUAAUGGUGGAUUAUAAUUACGCAUUUAAUCCACAUACAUCUGUGUAAUAAAAAUCUGUCAUUCAUAAGACACAAAUACACAGACAGACAGUUCAGUUAUGAUAAUGUUCAAGUACAUUUUAAGAGUUGGAGGUGCCAAGAUUUUGCAGU